AUGCAGCAUUCCUCUCUAAGAGUGUCCUCGUGUGUUGAGGUACAAAGCUUCCCCUUCUCCGAAUACCAUGUGGAGGAGUUUGAGGUGUGGCUGAAGCGCAAGUAUCUGUUCUAUCACCAGUUCUCCGGUUACUAUCAGGACGAAUAUUCUCGGAACUUGCGAACGCAGGCUCUGAAUGUUCGAUCUUUCGCUCGCCGCCCCUCGCGGGUGCGGGUUGGCGAUCAGUUCGUGCAGAGUUCAGAGCUCCAGCGUGGCUUCCAAAGCAGCCGGUUCUGCUUUGCGAUUGCGGGAAGGAACGGGGGCCCAACUCGGAAGUUCUACGACGCAGUUCUUCACAGCUGCAUCCCCGUGGUGGUCAGCGACCAAUGGCUUUAUACUUUCGCGCCGCUCCACGGCCCAACUGUCGCCGAUCUGUUGAAUCGACUGCAUAAGCGGCCAAGUGUACGCAACAAUCCACGGCAUGCUCAUGGCAGUCACGAAGGUUUUCCGGGCACGUAA